GCCUCGAUGCAGACUGGAGCGGGAGUGGGGGAGGGUGCGCCAGAGAAGGGGCGGGGCCUAGCGGAAGGGGCAGGAUACCCGGGGGAAGGCGGGGCCUAGAAAUGAAAGGAGUUCUGGACCAACCCGGAGAGCCAACUGCUCGAGGGGCGGAGCUACACCGGGUGAUUGACGUUGAGGCCAAACCAGGGAGAGGCGGGGCCAAGGCCAGGGCCUGACUAAACCUGAAGACUCUGGUGGCUAAGGGGCUUCAUCCCAGCUGAGAAGCGAAAGCCGCAGGCGGCCGCCGACUUCACAGCCGCUCGGGGUUUUUAGAGCUUCAGCUAUAAAAAUGGGCAGGAUUUUCCUUGAUCAUAUCGGUGGUACCCGUCUGUUUUCCUGUGCAAACUGCGAUACGAUCCUGACCAACCGUUCAGAACUCAUCUCCACUCGGUUCACAGGCGCCACUGGCAGAGCAUUUCUUUUUAACAAGGUAGUUAACCUACAGUAUAGUGAAGUUCAAGAUCGGGUCAUGCUCACUGGCCGCCACAUGGUUCGAGAUGUGAGCUGCAAAAACUGCAAUAGCAAACUGGGAUGGAUCUAUGAGUUUGCCACUGAAGACAGCCAGCGUUAUAAAGAAGGUCGUGUGAUCCUGGAACGCGCUCUAGUUCGAGAAAGUGAGGGCUUUGAGGAGCAUGUACCAUCUGAUAACUCUUGAAGAAAAAGAGAGAAAUCCAUCUUUUCCCAGGUCUCCUUCACUGAAAACAAAAAUCUACUUACAUACACUGUCACCUUAGCAUCAGAGUCGGAUUCAUGAACUGCGGAACAAGAGGUUGUGAGAAUCUAUGAUGGAACCUUCCUUUCUUUCCUUUUUUUUUUAAUUUUCUAUUUUCCAUCCAACAGCAGUGUGUAGAGAGAAUAUUAUGCAGAUGCCUUUUUUUUUCCCCCUGUGUUUACAUCUUGAGGCAGAAUAGUCUAUCUGCAGCUACAUGGUGGGCUAUGUGAGGAAAAAAAUCUGGGCUAUUAAGAGUGAAAAGUAUUUUAUGUAAAUUUUGAAAGGAAAAUGUGUCAAGAGCAUGGUUUUUAAAUUUAUUUGGGCUUCAUUUUAAGACUUUUUUUAAAAAAACCAGUUAUUUCACUUGAUUUGCUAGCUUCAGAGAAGAGAUCCGAAUUUGUGACCAGCGCUAAAGGUUCAGUGUUAGUAUUGCUUGUGCUGGCCAUUGUGCCAUAUUCUUGUUGGAGAUGAACCGUAGCAUCAGAGCCCAUUCUUCCUUGUCAGUCUUGACCCAAAGAUGUCACCAUUCCUGGUUAUUUGUCACCACAUAAUUGGUGUUGAUUGGAAACUUUUCCUGAUAUGGGGCAGAACUGCUUGGUUGUCUUUUCCAUGUAACUUAAGCAUAGUAAUAUAAAUAAAGUAAUAGUUGGAUGUUUUUGGUCCUGUGUUGCUUUUAAAAUCACCUUUCGAAAGAGCAGAGUAUUUGAUAAGUAAUUGUCAUAGUAGUGUUUCUUUUCAUCUCUUAAACCAAAUUGGCUGUAUAUAAGAUACUUCUUUGUUUAAAUUAAAGCAUACUGUUUAAAUCCACAGUAUUGUAUUUAGAAAACAACUGAACAGAAUGUCUGUGCAUUCAUGCAGAAAGCAUUUCUUCUGCAUGUGUUUUAAAUGGAGGGAAGUGAAGCAGCCUAUCUAAAAAUACUGCUUUGCAAAGCAUUUCAGCAUAUCCUUUUCAAUUUUGCAUUGAUUUUGACAAGUCUGUAGAGCCUGAUAGUUACAUCAAAGGAUUUAGAUCUCCUAGCAUUAUUUUCUCAGAUCUUCCUUCAGAAGUUUAGGUGUUGAAAUCGAAACUGUACUUGGUCCCUUCAAGUUGAUAGGGAUCAAAUUUGACUCAGGGGUUAUUUGAGCCCAAAAUUUACAGCAUUAAGAAGUAUUAAAGUGUAAAUGUUUCUUUAUCCAAACCAUUUCUAGGUAUUUUAAUAUUUGUUUCUGGUGGAAUAGAUGGCAUUAAAAUUGGCUAAAUACUUCAAUGAAUGAAUGAAUGGCUGCUUGCUCAAUUUCUAGGUUCUAUAGCAGUGAAUGUUAUGAUUAAAAAUAUAGUCUCCGUCUGAAGAUGAAAUUUGUCCUAAAUUAAUUGGCAAAAUCAUCCUGUCAUUGAUAUUAGAAGUGACUUCUGAGUACAGUUAGGAUUUUCUCUUAUUUGCCUUUGGGCUCUUGGUUAGAGGCAUAUGUCUCUUGAUUUGGUAGGUGUAUAAUACUGCAUUUGAGAUAUGUGGACACAAAUUCUUCUCUUUCCUUCACAAUGGACUAAAUCUUCAAGCAUUAAGAAACAGCAUUGAUUCCCAUUCAUUUCCAUACUGGCCUUUGAUUAUAUGCAGACUGCUAGUAGCAUGCCUUACCUAUAGCACUAUGUGCAUUUGCUGUCACAAUAAAGUAUAUUUUGUCUUGCA